GACACGGGGCGGGUGCGACGGGACGAGGAGCCAUUAGUUUAGUUUAGUUUAACGCCGCCCCCCGCCCCUAUCCCUGCACGGUCACACCGUGUAUAAGGGCAGCGCCGCCUCCAAUCCCGCCUGGAUCCUUUAAGGACCCACCGACCCUCCCCUCUCCACCCCCGGUCGGAGCGGCCCCUUUAAGCGCGGCGGUGACGCCGUGGGCGGCCACAUCUGGCCACAUCUGGCCGCCCCGCACGCUGCCGGUGCCGGUGCCGGUCCCUCAUGGCUCCGACGGGCGCCCUGCGCAGCCUGACGUUGGCGCUGGGAGCCGCCGUGGUGGUGCUGGGCUCUCUGCUGUUCAUCGCAUGGAAGCUCUAUUGCCGCGGAUCGGAACCACCCGGUACCUGGGAUGGAUGGUGGGACCGGGAGCUGCGGGAGCUGCGGGACAGAGACACGGCGGCAAACACGGUGGUGUGGAAGCAGGUGCUGGUGCUGGGGCUGGAUGGAGCAGGGAAGAGCAGCGUCCUGCACUAUAUCUGCAGCCAAAAGGCCAGGACUCAUAUCCCACCCACAUUGGGCUUCAAUUCUGUCCAGCUGCGUGUUGAGGGGCUGGAGAUGGACCUGCUGGAGGUGGGUGGCAGCUACAACCUGCGGGCGUAUUGGCCGCUCUACCUGAGCGAUGCCCACGUGCUGGUGUUCGUGGUGGACUCCGUGGACAGGUCACGGCUGCUGACAGCACGCCAGGAGCUGCACGCUCUGCUGGCUGAGGAGCCCCGGCUGCCGCUGGUGGUGCUGGCCAACAAGCAGGAUAAAAGCGAUGCCCUGAGCACGGAGGAGCUGCGGGAGGAGCUGGCCCUGCACUUGCUCAGCGAGCAGCGGGAGCUUUUCCUCCUGCCCACCAGUGCGACUCGGGCUAGUCUGAGCACAGCCACCAGCGUCCUGCACGUGAAGAACCUGCUGGUCACCCUGCUGUCCCAGCCCUGAGUGGGCAGGAUCCCACUGGGAUGGAGGGAGCUGCUGGAGCUGGGACUGCACCCUGCAGUGUUUGGGGUUGGGCUGACACAUGGCUGCAUGCAGGGAUGUGAGCAGCGGGCUCUGCUCUCUACCUCAGGGGAAAGGCAGAUGUGUCCCCCAGUUCAGAGCAGCAGCAGCAGCACAGGGCAGGGCCCUGCACCUUAAACAGCAGCCCCACAGAAUACUGAAUAAAUGGGGCUGAACCCAGCUUGCUGUCUGAAAGGAAGCCCAUAAGGUGGACAGGAGGCGCAGGGCAGCGUGCAGCCACAAGGAAGCUCCUGGAAAGCUGGAGCAAUCCCUUCCCCUGCUGUGAUGGCAGCGGGGUCUGGAUUCAUGAUGCCCCUGCCCCCCACAGGGCUCCCUGGAGCUGAUGUGGCUGAUGCAGCCCCCCUCCCUGCUCACACAGGAAGAGAUCAGCCCACAGAGCUUACCCAGGAUCUAGGGGAAGAAACAGCCCCUCUGCCUGCAGCAGAGCUCUCAGUUUUCCUGUGGAUGAAGGCCACGUGGGCUCUCCUUCCUGACAAACACGCCAAGCCAUGUGAUGCUGCCCUGCAGCCCAGGCUGGUCUGGUGCACAGCCAUAGGCAGGAGCCCCUCACCAGGGCUGAGCACAACUCGCCCUUUCCCAAGCAGGGGGAGUAUUUUAAGUAUUUAAAAGCCUGUUGAGCAGAGAUGAAAGCAGGUACAAGGCACCCUGCUUCAUCCUGAACAGGGAAUAUGAGCGUGCUGUUUGCUCUGCUGCCUGUUCCGUCCUCGUCUCAGGAGCUGCAGAAAGCCCCGUCUGCAGCAGGAAAUCAGGACACAGCACCGAGCCCUGGGAAACUGACAGGGGAAGCCAGGGAGCACUUGGGGUAAGGAAAUAAUGUCAGCUGGGCUCUGCUGUGAAACCUUUUAUACCAUUGCUCCUUCCUCUUAUGAAUAAACAAGGCUGAUGACUUGGC